AUGCCCGGUGUAUUGACCAAAAUCUCUGUGCCGUUCGUGGACCUCAGCAUCUUCACCUGGGAUUUCUUCCUUGCCCUUCUUAACCUUUUCUCGAGGAAGAGAAAGGUUGGUCAUGUCACCCCCGAGGGCCACCCCGGCUAUCGCGGCCAUUGGCCUGAGUGGAAGGCUGCAAGGCCAGAGGACUCGCGCUGCUCUUGUCCUGCACUCAACGCCAUGGCAAACCACGGCAUUAUCGCUCGUUCGGGCAAAAACAUUUCCUUCAUCGAGAUGAACCAUCAAAUCCGCGCUACCUACAACUUCGCGGCGUCUUUCUGCUCCUUUGUACCCCAUUUUGCCGCGCGGAUGCUCGAUAAGAGCUACAACAAGGACAACUUCGACCUCCAUGAUCUUGACAAGCAUAAUGGUAUCGAACACGACAACUCGAUAACUCGUCGAGAUUUGCACUUCCAGCCCGACCAGUGGAUAAAGCACCAACCUUUCAUUGACGAACUGCUGGACUCGGCUUCGGGCAAGGACAAGGACGGGCAUACUUUGCUUACUGUUGAAGACAUUGCAAAAUUCGCAGGCAGGCGCCGGCUUCAGGCCAAGACCCACAACCCGAACUACACUCGCAGCUUGUUCCACGACGUCUUUGGUAGCUCAAACAACGCUACCCUUUUGACCAUUUUCGGUGGCCGCGUUGAUGAUCUCCGCACGAUCCUCCAUGAGGAGCGCCUGCCCGAGGGAUGGGAGUCACGGAUCCGCAAGCCCCACGGCCUUACCAUAGCUGCUUUCAAUGCCUCCGUUCUCGCUGUCGAGCGCGGUACCCGCCGCGUUGAGGCGGAGCUUCGCAAGAAGCAUAAGGAGGGCGGCACCAAGAUUGAAGUGGAUCACCAUGACGAACUUGCAGCGGCGAAAUGA